AUGCCGUCAAUUGCAUCGAAUAUUAUUUCACUGAAGUUAGGCUAUGAACAUUGUUCAACAGAACAACUAUAUCUAUUAUCAAAACAUUGUCUAUCAUUUAGAAAUUUAAAACAUUUGAAUUUAUAUUGUAGACAAGAACAGGAUGUAGAAUUCUAUCUAAAACUUGUAGAAAAUUUGUAUUGUCUAAUUAUUACAAUAGAUGAACAUGUUUCAUUAUCUGAUAAUAUUACUACUUGCAUUUUCAGUAAUAAAAAUUUUCUAUUGAAAGAAUGUUCAGUAAUAAAUGGUGUUUUCUCUUUGAAAAACAAACGACGUCUCUCAAUUUGUUUCGUUCAAGUUUUAACAAUUGAACUUGAGUUUUAUAGUCAAUUAUUAGUUUUAUUUGAUUUUAUACCCUAUAUUAAAAUAUUAAAUAUAAAAUUUAAAUGGUUUGAUUUCGAUCCUCAUUCAAUUAUUAAUUAUGAUUAUAAAUCUCUUCGUCUGAAAAUUAGUCAGUUAUCUAAUUUAAAAUUACAGUUUAAUCAAAUUAUAUUUUCAAAUAGUUAUGAUUUAAUUGAAGUGUUAAUUCAACAUAUUGUUUCAUUAGAACAUUUAUCACUAAGCAUCGGUUAUUUAUCCAAACCAUCUGUUAUUGAUGGUCGACGUAUAGAGGUUGAUUUGUUAUCAACGUUAUUAAAUUUAAUCGAAUUUAAUUUUUAUUUUAGGUUGUCUUAUAAAAGAGACCGAAAUAAUUUAAUAAUAUCUUCGUUUAAGAAUGAUUAUUGGUUAUUAAAACGAAAACAAAAAAUUAUAUGUUAUACAGACAUUUAUGAAAAUGAUUUUUACCUUUAUUCACUACCGUGUAUUUUUCGUGAUAUUGAUUGUAUCUCAAAUGGUAUUGCAAAUUAUCAAACAAAUGAUAUCGAUUGUACAUUUGAGUUUAAUUCAAUUAGUUCCACUGGAACACCACAUGCAUUCGAUUUAUAUUGGCCAUUAAACGAUAAAGUAUUAAGUAUGUUUAAAGAUGUCAAAUGUUUAAAAUUUUAUAUGAGCAAUUGUCGAUUAAGUAAUAAAUCGCCAUCGGUAGUACUUAAAAAUGUCAAUACAAUUAUUUGUAAAUAUUUAACAUCAUAUGAACAAUUAUUUAAACAACAUUUUUCUCUCAUGUUACCAAAUGUUUGUAUUUUAAAAAUCGACAAUGUUAGUAUAUAUCGAAUUAUGGAAGAGCAACUAGCAUUUGACUACAACGACAAUAUUUUUUUCAAACGAAUUAUUGAAUUGCAUUUAUAUAGGUUAGAAGUCACUGAUAUUGAUGAUGAGAAGAAGAAUUAUUUCGUUGAAUUUCUUCAGUAUUUUUCUAAUAUUAAAAUAUUAGCAUUACAGUUUGCUAAUAAAAUUCCUAUUAGAAUUAUUCAGAGUAUUCUGAAAGUUUUAUUAUCAUAUAAAAGAUGUUUAUUAUCAUUUAUUCAAUGUUAUACAUGGAAUAAUAAUUUUGUGAUUACUGAUAAUGUCGCACAGAUUUUUAAACGAUUACUAACUGAACACUUUGGCAUUGAUAAUUGUUAUAUCCAUAUUGAACGUUAUUAUUUGAAAUUCUGGCGUUAA